ACCACUGGCAUGAAAUGUACCCGAAUGCUAAGGGGGACAACCAGUCACCCAUUGAGCUUCAUACUAAAGACAUCAGGUACGAUCCUUCCCUGCUGCCAUGGUCAGCUGGUUACGACUCUGGCUCGGCCAAGACCAUCCUGAACACUGGGAAGACCUUCAGAGUCGUGUUUGAUGAUACUUAUGAUAGGUCAAUGCUGAGAGGUGGGCCUCUCCCUGGACCUUACCGACUUCGCCAGUUUCAUCUUCACUGGGGCUCCUCGGAUGAUCAUGGCUCCGAACACUCCGUGGAUGGAGUCAAGUACGCAGCGGAGCUUCAUUUGGUUCACUGGAAUCCACAGUAUAACACUUUUAAAGAAUCUCUGAAGCGACGGGAUGGAGUUGCUGUGAUUGGCAUUUUUCUGAAGAUAGGACGUGAGAAAGGGGAGUUCCAGCUUCUCCUUGAUGCAUUGGACAAAAUUAAGACAAAGGGCAAGGAGGCGCCCUUCACGCACUUCGACCCGUCCUGCCUGUUCCCCGCCUGCCGCGACUACUGGACCUACCAAGGCUCUUUCACCACGCCGCCCUGCGACGAGUGCAUCGUGUGGCUGCUGCUGAAGGAUCCCAUCACCGUCAGCUCCGACCAGGUGGCCAAGCUGCGGACCCUCCUCUCCAGUGCUGAGAACGAGCCCCCCGUGCCCCUUGUGAGGAACUGGCGCCCUACGCAGCCUCUCAACUGCCGGAUGCUGAGAGCCUCCUUCAAGUGAGGCAGGUGGAUCUUGCCCUCUUCAGGAAAGGAAACCUGCCAUUGGAGAGCGUGGUUCCUUGCCUCCUUCUGGUGCUCUUUACUCCAAGUAUAUUGCAUUUUUUCCACACUGAGCAAUGAAUGGGAGAGAUGCAGUCACCAAGCAACCAAAGUUACUUUUGACAAGAUCUAAUAUGAAAGUAUGAAUUUCACAUUUGACUUUUGAAAUAAUCAUCUUUUCUAUAAAAGUAACAUUUCUAGUAAGGUUUCAAAGAAGAAGAAACAGACAUGGAAGAGUAAAGAUACAGAAAAAUAGCUAUGGCAUUAUUUUUCUGUCAUCUUAAAUGUAAAAGAACUUCAGUUUUUCUAUUUUCAUAUUAUGAGUUGUCCAUCUUAAAGAAAUGAGUAAUUCUUAUCUGUAGGAGUAGAAGUGUAUGAAGAUCAUGUGUAAAAAUUAAGCAUGAGCCAGAAAUUAAAAUGACUAUGCACACUAAAAAUUGAGAUGAUAAUGUGUUUUAACUCUUAAAUAACACCAACAAGAAGUCCAUCAUUUAUUAGAAUUGUAGCUAACUACUAAGAGUCCCUGGUUUUGAUCAUCAGUGAAAGGAAAACACACUAUCAGGAGUUUUAAAAAAUCUGACCCAGUAUUUGAAUUUCUUCUUCAUAAAGAUGGUU